AAUCCUAUGGGCACUGAAGUAAUUCGUCAUGUGGAGGGAUUAGAAUGACAUGGCAAAGAAUGAAGGUAGAGAAUAUAUAAUGCGUGCUUAGUGCAAAUGCAAAGGUUGUUGAAGUAUCUGCACUUUUAUAUAUGUCAAACACCUACACUUUUUAUCAACUCUUUAAGUGUUUAAUAAUUGCAGUCAGGUGAACAGGAGUGCCACGAGGAUAAUAACACUAAGCUUGAACUGUACAAGUACUCUGCAUGUUAUUUCCAAACGACAUUGCCGUACAUGUACCCGUUGGUAUGCUGCAAGCGUAAAGGGAAAUGCUAGUUAUGCCAGGAAGGCAUUGCCAUUUACUGUAUGUAACUUGGACUGCAGAGAUAAAGUCAUGUAACGAUCGAUCAUCUGUUUUAUUCGCUUCCUCCCUUAAGUACAUAUGUUGGCUUCUGUCCUUGAUAAUUAUUUGAACCACGCAGAAUCUACAUGCUUGUGUAGCGCUUGCCAAGAUAAAGUUCUAUUAUCGAGUAACACAUUUAAGGCGUGUUUUGGUGGUGCGUAUAAUGGCUGAUUUGUCGUCUAGUAAGGUGCCCUAAAUAAAUAUAUACAGUGUAUAUUUGAAUGGGGGUGGGGGUAGGAGGGGAUCAGUACCCGGGACAGCGAUUUGUGUGGGCUAAGUUUUUGUGUAUGUUGGUGUUGGAUGUGAAAGGUCUUGAUUUCAACCGUGCCGCUGGUUUAAUAUUCAACUCGCACAGCCAUCUGGCUGGACUGGUUGGUUAUAAUCGAGCAGAUUACGUUUGCAAGUCUCAGAGGGAGAGAGGCUUAGAGAGGGAGGGAGAGAGAAUGUGUUUUGGACAGAUGAUGUGUGCAGAUCCUGCAAGCGAAGCCGACGUUGCAUCGAGCUCUGUGCUCCUAACUUAACUUUGGAGGCAACCUUCCCAACCAUUAAUGUCUCUGUUGGAUAAUUUAAUACGGAUGCUAUGGUUACCUUUAUUACGAUCUUACAGGUGAAUCUAGUGAUGUCCAUCCUGCUGUAUGUGAUGUUUCUUGCUUACCUCUAUGGCCUCCAUGCUACAUCAAUGGAUAAAAGGAAACUGCAGAAAGACCCGGUGAAUUCCCUGAUCAUCAAACUCCUCCAAGCGGACAUAAUGAAAAACAAACAGCAGCCGCCAGAGGACGUGUUUGACAAAUACCAAGACACGCAGCAAGAGGGCGACAUUCCGGAGGACGCAGGUUUUUUCGAAAAGAAAACGUCAGCCUACCAGCCGGUCUAUAGUAUUGACGCAGAGUUAUUGAGACAGCAUAAGCGGUAUAAUUCACCGCGGGUGCUUCUCAGCGACCGGCCGCCGCUACAGCCACCGCCGCUGUAUUUAAUCGACGAUUACGUGGGGAAUUCUGAAAUGAGGAAUAAAACAAGGAAAAAGCGCUACGCUGAGCAGAAGAGCUACCGAGGGGAGUAUUCUGUGUGCGACAGCGAAAGCGUGUGGGUCACAGACAAAUCCACGGCGAUAGAUAUCAGAGGACAUCAAGUGACCGUUCUAGGAGUUAUCAAAACUGGUGGCUCGGACGUCAAGCAAUACUUUUACGAAACCAAAUGCAGGGCAGCCAACCCGCUCAAAAGCGGGUGCCGAGGAAUCGACGACAAACACUGGAAUUCACAAUGCAAAACCUCACAGACCUUUGUCAGAGCGCUGACCACAGAGAAAAGCACAAUGGGCUGGCGGUGGAUACGAAUCGACACGUCGUGCGGAUGCGCACUUUCCAGGAAAAUCAGGAGAACAUAAUUACACACAUAACAUUCUUUUGGGAUUGUAAAUAUAAAUUAUUCUGUUUUAAGUUAUAUGAAAUGCAUGUAGCAUAUUAUUAUUAUUAUUAUUAUUAUUAUUAUUAUUAUUAUUAUUAUUAUUAUUAUUAUUAUUAUUAUUAUUAUUAAUAACGUGGAUAUAUUUGUGUUAUUUAUUAAACAAACUUUGGUCAGAGAGUAAGGGAUAUUCCAACCCACCCAAAUAAAAUCUUAAGGAGAGGUGCCUUCAAGCUUAGUGGUCAGUUUAGGUUCCCUUCUUUUAUUGUGCAGAAUGUGGUGAAGUCUUCUCAGUCAUGUAAAUCAGUAUUUUUCUUCAGUAUUGUGUCUUUUUAAUAACAUAGUUCACAUCUCAAUCUCUAGUCCUGUUUGCUACAUACAGUACAAUUUUUUCCAAAAUAUUUAUCUCGAAGGCCCAACUAUACAAGGGAUAUUAAGAGUGUUAGGAUACAGGAUACUGUCCUCAUUUACGGUGUCCAUUUUAGGAAAUCCUCAGACAUCAAUCACCCUUACUGGAGUCAAGUAUCAGGCAUCCCCCACUCAAAUCUCAUGCAUCAAUAACUUCCUAUUCACUGCUCCUCGAGUCAAUCGUCAGACCUCAGACCUCACCCCUCCUUGAGUCAAUCUUCACCCCUCCUUGAGUCAAUCGUCAGGCAUCAGACCUCACCCCUCCUUGAGUCAAUCGUCAGGCAUGAGGUAUCAGUCCUCCUCGAGUCAAUCGGGGAGAAUGAUGGGUUGGACGUAGUUGUCUGAAUCACCCAAUCAUAUAAGAGCAAAAAAACUUUCAGUGAAUCCAUUGGAUGACACAGAUGUAAGUGUAGCUGCUGAUUGGUGCAUGUGUUUUUACCUUCCUUUACCAUUUAAUAUGUAUAUUUGAUGCGUUUUUAAAAAAUACUUUAAGUUACAAUGUGCAAUUUCAUUAUUUGAUUUCGUUUGGAUUUAAAUUGUAAGGCAAAUCUUCCCAGCAUACGGCAUCAGACGUAACUAAUUUUUUUGUUUGUUUUUUAAACAGUAUCGAUGUAUUUUUUUAUUUUAUUUAAUUUUGUUAUGUGAAGAGCUUUGAGAUGUCUUACGUGAAAAGCGCUAUAGAAAAAUGAAUGGAUUGAUUGAUAACCCCAUCAUUAAUCAUGUUUUGAUUUAAUAAAGUGUGUGUGUGUGUAGGGACUGGGUAAACCCGGAACAGUGAAUCUCAGAAUAAAACUUAAAUUUGCAUUUUCCUAUAAUAACAAAAUCACGUCUUCAUAUUUUCUUUUUUAUAUUAUGAAUUCUAAAAAAAAGGGGGGUUUACACAUCAAAAUAUAACAGAAACCAAUGUAAAUGACACAUAUAAACCACGUCUAUUGCAUUAUUGAAUGGUUCCAAGGCUUUUUCUCCAGCACAUUAAAUCUAGUCCCCAAAACAAUUGCCCUUGAAGUGUCCCCUAUUAUUAUUAAACUGCAGUCAUUUUGUCCUGAGGAAUAAUUCCUGAAUGUGGGAUUUUUCAAUCAAUCAUUCCAUAUACGCUGUAUUAUUCCAUUAGCUAUUACCAAAGCACACACUUUACUAAAUCAAAAAAUGAUUAAUGGCGGGAUUAUCCUGGGGACCCCCUGUGUCUGCUGGUUUUCAUUCCAACUGAGCUCUCAGUUACUUAACUAGACCCUUCAUUGAAAUGAUAAUUUGCUUAAUUAGACCUUUUUAAUUGUUUUCAGCUCUUAAACAGUUGCAGAUUUCAAGUAAGCUCAAACAUUUUACAAGUAACAUGAACUCUGAAUCUCUGAAUCUUUACUUCAGGAGUUAUUUAAAGAAGGAUUGGAAAAGUCUUUUUAAAUUGAUUCAAAUACAUUUCCAUACACAUUCACGCUUUCUAGACAGCUGCUAAAGAACCCGGCAGUGGUUUAAAACACUUUCAAGAAUAUCUAAUCUUCUUUUAAUCCAUCUUUACAUUUCUUUAAAUAACUUGUGAGUUAAUGCUUUGAUGAUCUGGGUCCCAAGCAUUGCAUAAGAAUGAGAUCCAUUCGAGGUUUUACUGUAAGCUUAAUAAUACGUCACAGCCUGUUAAGAUCCGAUAAGUGCGGAACAGAACCCAUGUUUAGAUGUCAUUUCACGCACAGAACAUACAGUACAGUAUAGUUAAAAACAGCAGUUUCUGUGUGCAAUCUUCCUGUAUGUGAUUUCUAAUGCAUGACUGCAUUGUGUGCUGGGUGUCACUUAUUUUAACAGAAAUCCUUUGCCACAGUUUGAGCAGACAGAAACACUGCUUCGUUUUGACAACCUCGAGGCCCCUUUAAAAUAAUGGCCACAAAUGCAUAAUGAAUUCCGACUGAAUCCCAUAGGAUUAACACCUGCACAUCUUCUGCACAUCCUCUGAGUUCUGAAGUCAUUCCUUUUAAUUCACGUGGAUUUAAUCACCCAUAUUCAUUCCACGUUCCUUUGUAACAAACAAUGUUGAUCACAUGUACAAGGCCUGCAUUCAUGCAUGAAUGUACACUUCUCACAAUCCUCUGGUGGGCGUGUCAGAGGGUAUGAAUUAGUGAAGAAUAAAGAUGAUUUAGGUACAGGGAAAGGGAUCCGAAAUGUUAUUAAAUCACGAUGGAUUAACAGGGGGCUGCAUUCAAAAUGAAUGACUUCAGAACACAGAGGAAGGGCAGAAGAUAUUCAGGUGGUAUUCCUGUGGGAUUCAGCCAAGAUUCAUUAUGAAUUUGCGGUUGCUAUUUUAAAGCGUUACCAUUAUAAAGAGACACCGUUUACACCACGUAUUAACUAAACUACCAUGGAUAGGCAACAAGCCCAGCUGUGGCUAAAUCAGCUCGCAGUAAAACCAUUCCUCUUCACUACAGCCAAAUGUCAUCCAGUCACAUUUUUUUCUACAUAUUACGGACUAAUGUUCUUUUAUAAACCCAAUGCUGAAAUUGUCAACUGAGUAAGCUGUAUAAUUUCCUUAAAGCAUAACACAUCUUAAAAUUCAAUUAAUAUUUUUUUUAUACCUUGCAAGUAGUGAUUUAGCAGGAAGAGUUCCAUUUGUCUAUUACUUAACAAUAUAGCUUGGUUUCCCUAUAGCUUGAGGGUAGGUAACUUCGGUCCUGGAGGGCCAUUCCAUUCCAGUUUUAACGGAUAUAAUCAAGUGAUUAAUUACUUAAGGAACUGACCAGGAGUUCCAUUGGUGCAAUGUUAAAGGCCAAAGCUGCCUUCCACCAGCUAAAUCUGCCUUACAGGAUGUAAACAAACUUAAGGCCUGCUUACACAGGAAGUAUGGAAAAAUGGAUAACGCUCUGUGUUAACCAGGCUGACAAUUAUUACUAGAGAUUAUACUUCUUGUAAGAGAUUACCAGAUACAUAUUACCCAAGCCUCAAGCCUCAACCUUAACCUUUUCAGCAUUUACAAGGGAUGUUUGGACAACCUAGAAAAUGACAUAUUAUUAUUGUCUGCUAACUUCUUGCCCGCAGAAUAUAAUAGAGUGAGCAAACUGCUUUGUAAACAGAGACCAGGGAGUUAUAUAUUUUGGGGAUAAUUCAACAUCUUUCUAUGUAUAAUGGCACAUUUCUAUCUGCCCCAUGAAAUAUGUACAGUAGCACUCAAUCUCAGCUCGUUCCAGGAUCCGCCUGGCUAUUGCUGGUUCCAUUUGCGGUCUGCAAUCCGCAACCAGUUACACAACGGCCAAAGAUGUCCUGUAUCUGGUCACAUUUUUAUAUUAUGCCCGUUAAUACAUUUGUACACCUACCUCUAAUAUUCCACUGAUGAUAAUUUGACAGCCCUGUUUUAUUGUACCAUGCGACUCAUCGCUCCUUCAUACUGGGUGCUCAUUGGAUCACUUCACCUAUCCGCGAGUUGGAGAGACUUUAGGGUUGCUAACUGAUUGGUUGACAGAGUCCCAAUUCAGACCUGUUUGAUCUCGGUCUGCUGCCAAUGUAAAUGAGCUGGACUGAACGUGCAAAUGGAAUCGAGACAUAAAGGUCUUCGAUAUGUUGUUUCAGUUAUUAAACUACCUUGAUUGAAAUGUGCACAUUUCAGUGAUGAAGCACAAUGGGUGUAAAUAGCAUUACAGUAAAACCUACAUUUUGCUAGUCCCAUCAUACCAGUGCAUUUAAAAUGUACAGGGCUUGAACACAAAAUUAAAAAACACCUGCAAUAUUUAACACAUCGUGCAGAUUGGCUGCAAGUUACCUGUGUGGUAUUCCGUAUUGCAUAAAAGCUGCAUCUCCCUGUUCCACUUGGACAGCAAAUCAGUAGAGGGGUGAGAGGGGGCGCUCGAUUGGCAGGUGCUUCCAAAAACAGUGACUCAUCCUGAAGAAUCCUUUACACCAUUGCAGAUUUCCACUCUUAAUCCAGCUACCCUGAAGGAAAUAGAGGCUGAUAAUAUGUGAGGUAUGGUCCAAAACAAUUUAAACAGCUUGCAGACUUGUCACAUCAAAUCAGUGCUGCUCAGUCUGCCCAGGUUAACCCCACACCCUACUGACACUGUUAAGGCGGGUUGUUCUCAUUUUACAACCAAUGAAAUUGUACAGAAAUUCAGGUAUGUGUUAGUGUUGUGCUUUAUGGAUAUGUAUAGUGGAGAGGAGUGGGUAGACAAGCUUGAACAUUUUUUUAAAUACCUUUUAAAUACAGGAUCAGGGUUACUUGUCAAACAUGCCAAGAAAUUGAAGCCAAACAGGCUUUCAACAGAUGGUGUCCCAGCUACCAUUUAGUACUGCAUUUCAGAUCCACAAUGUUAGAUCCUGAAGUUGCUUUGUUUAUUGUACACUGUGGGGAAGCUGCAAUGUGGCCACCACCAAAAAACUAUCGUGAUACUUGCUGUUAGUCGGCAAGGUGGUGUAGCGGGCUUGGGUGGUCUCACCCCCAGAGUGGGCAUUAGUGAUUAGUUUAAUCCAAAUCACAACAAACAAACUGUUUGAGAGAGAACCCAGCCCUGGAUUCAUUUAUAAUUACAGCAGUGCCAUAGCAACUAUAAAGUACUACUAUGGCACAGCCAUAAACUUCGAUUUAUUUUAGGCCGAAGGACCAAAUGGCAAGCGUUAUCAUUAUUUUCUAUUGCAGAUAUGUCCAGAUAGAUAAGGGAGCUCUGUAUGCCACAUCACCAACAAUUACAGCAAGUAUUGACAGUUACCACCACACAAGGAACCUUUGACUUACUGGGUGAAAUGAUGUCAAUUUCACCGCUUGUAAAUUUGCGCAGUAGUUUUGCAGUGUUUUCUGAAAGCUAAAACACUGCUUUAACUUACCAUGGGUUUACACAAUGUGCUUUAUCUUACCGAGCUGCGAGCUGGCUUUUUUUUUUUUUUUUUUACCAUGCUUUCACACAGCUUUAUUAUACAGGGUGAUGAGAAAGUAAGUUUACCAUAUCAUUGAUGUGGUAAACUUGCUUUCUAGUCACCCUGUACUUGGCUAUGCUAUUACCAUUACACACUGCAGUUAAACUGUUAUGAGAGCUAUGUCAUAACAUCCUAAUGCAAUCUACUUCAGUGCUAACCAACGGGUUAUAAUUUGGUUAUGUUAACAGCUGUAAUCGAUAAACAGAGAUUAUUUCAGUUUGUUUUAUAAUUGAAAAAAAAGUCAAAAUUAUGUUUUAAUAAGCAUUAACAUCACAUUCUUUGAACUGUGUGUUUCGAUCUCUGUGUGUGAUGAUAAUUUAUUUUACAGUGUUUAACUCAAUGUUAAAGUUCGUUUUUAAUAUGCUUCGAGGCCAACAUUUAUUAGAAAAUAUUAUACAUUGUCUGAAACUAAUUAGGAGUGUUUUUUUUUUGUUUUGUUUUUAUUUUUUAGAUAAUUGCACUGCUAAAAAUGAUUUGUUCUUGUUGUUGCUGUGUUUUUAAAAGGCACAACUUCAAACGUUAAAAUUAUACAACUUUUGGACACAUUAGGGGAUAGGGCUGCAUGGACCGAUUAUUAUUAUUAUUAUUAUUAUUAUUAUUAUUAUUAUUAUUAUUAAUAAUAAUAAUAAUAAUAAUAAUAAUAAUAAUAAUAAUAAUAAUAAUAAUAAUAAUAAUAAUAAUUAAUUAGUCAUUUAGCAGACGCUUUUAUCCAAAGCGACUAACAGAGACUAGGGGGUGAUUAUUUGAUUAUUCAGAUCAAGCUUCCCACAGGCGAGGGUCUUUAGUGAACCAAGUGAAGAAACAGCUGCUUGAGUUUGUGUGGAUUGCUGUUCUCCACAGUGUCUAAGAAAAGCAGCGAUCAUCAUAAACCCAAGCAGCUGUUUCUUUCCUUGUUUCACUCUAAAUGGUAAAUCAGCUCGAUCGACUCCAGAGACCCGCCCCUGAUUGCCAGGCCUGAUUUCUGCGGAGAGCUCAAUCCCAAUAAUCGAUUUGUGCAGCACUGUUAGGGGAAGUUUCUCAUCGUCAGUAUGCCCCUUUGAAAUGUUGAUGUGCCAAAAAAAAAAAAAAGGAAAAAAAAAAUGAAAAUGAAAUGUGUAUGUUCUUAGCGUACAGCAAAAAUAUUUUUUUAAAAUGUAAAAUACUUUGAUUAUAUAUAUUAUGUAAAGCUCUAUGUGUCUCAGAAAUGUACAGAAAAAAACUCUAUUUUAGUACAGACAUGUUUUACUGUACUGAAUGUGAUGAUUAUACUGCCUGGUGUGUUUUCCAGUUUGUAGACUUGCACAUGUAAUGUUCUCUUUGGGAGUACCUCCUCAAACCCCAGUCGUGGCUGAAGCGCUGCAAACUGGUUUACUGUUUCGAAAAGAAACACGUUUGCUUUCUGAGGCAGGGGCUGCCUCUCAUCUGUGUCUCAAUAUUUCAGAAUAAACGUAUAAUUAUGUUUUCUA